AAAAUAAGGCGUGAGCUCCAAACUUCCUUCCGCUGGUGUUCAGCCCGCUCUGAGCCUGCUAGCGGACUCUUCAGUGCUUAUAGAUUAGCGGGGUAGCUCAUGUAGCGCUGCGGAGUCGGGGGUGUGUUUGUUUGCUUUAUCGUUAUGUCAGUGAAAGAACUAUAUAUUAACCUGUUUAUAUAAUUUAUUUGUUUUUUUAGUUCCGUUAAUACUUAACAUGGUAGCUGUGAUAAGCUGUCAUGCUAGCCAAAUAUAUCAGACUUGUAGCUAGCUAGUAAUGCUAGGCUAGGUAAGGCUGGACACCUAGUCACAUCACAUCACAGCAAUAACAGCGCUAGUCAUUUAGUACAGAAGUAGCAGCUCUUUUACUAGCACUGCUUAACUAGCUAAAGUGUUUUCUACCAGCUGGUUAGCUAGCUAGCAUCCUCGCUAACAAUUGGAUUCUCCUGGAAAUGUUUCAGGAACAUGUGAGGUUUGGAUUAAAUGGACUGGUGUGAAUUCAGGAUUAGAGCUAUGAACCAAGCAUAAGUGGGUGGUCUGUUAUAAUAAAAAAAGGUAGUCGCCCUCAUGUGGCCAUGGAGAAGGAGGCCUUCGAGGGAUGGCUGGAGUCGGUCUCCACCUCCUUCUUGGCACUGAAUGACCUGCAGCGCAAUCAGCUGCUGGACCACCUGAUCUCUCUGAGUGGCGCUGUUCAACUCCGGCACCUUUCCAAUGGACUGGAGGCACUGCUGAAGCGUGACUUCCUGCGCCUCCUACCCCUGGAGCUGGCCUUCUACCUGCUGCGCUGGCUUGACCCUCAGACGCUGCUCACUUGCUGCCUGGUGUGCAAGCAGUGGAACAAAGUAGUCAACGCCUGCACCGAAGUGUGGCAAGGUGUGUGCAGAGACCUGGGCUGGCGAAUCGAUGACUCCAUCCAGGAUGCUGGCCACUGGAAACGCGUCUACCUUAAGGCCAAGCGUCGCAUGAAACAGCUGCAAGAGGAGGACGCAUUUGAGACAAGCUCCUUGAUUGGGCACAGCGCUCGGGUGUAUGCCUUAUACUACAAGGAUGGCCUCCUCUGCACAGGCUCUGAUGACCUGUCAGCCAAGCUGUGGGAUGUCCGCACUGGUCAGUGUAUCUAUGGCAUCCAGACACACACCUGUGCUACUGUGAAGUUUGAUGAGCAAAAACUAGUGACCGGGUCUUUUGACAACACCAUUGCAUGCUGGGAGUGGAGUACAGGCGCCAAAAUCCAGCAGUUCCGUGGACACACUGGUGCAGUGUUCAGCGUAGACUACAAUGAUGAGCUGGACACGCUGGUCAGUGGUUCUGCAGACUUUACUGUCAAAGUGUGGGCUCUGUCAGCCGGAGCAUGUCUCAACACACUCACCGGGCACACGGAGUGGGUCACUAAGGUACUCCUUCAGAAAAGCCAAGUGGAGUCCAUGAUGCACAGUCCUGGCGACUACAUCUUACUGAGUGCUGAUAAAUAUGUAAUCAAGGUGUGGCCUAUAGGGCGAGAGAUCAACUGUAAGUGCUUAAAGACUCUGUCCGUGUCUGAGGAUCGCAGUGUGUGUCUGCAGCCCCGUCUACAGUUCGAUGGCCGCUACAUUGUCUGCAGCUCGGACCUGGGCGUCUACCAGUGGGACUUUGCCAGCUUUGAUGUGCUAAGAAUUAUCAAACCACAGCAAGACCCAGCUAGUCCCUCCCUUCUCAGCUUUGGUGAGGUGUUCGCUCUACUGUUUGACAACCACCACUUGUAUGUAAUGGACCUGAGGACUGAAGCCAUCACAGGCCGCUGGCCGCUGCCAGCCUACCGCAAAUCCAAAAGAGGCUCCAGUUUCCUUCCAGGCAUCACCUCAUGGCUCAACGGCUUUGACGGCAAGAACGAUGCAGGCCUGGUGUUCGCCACCAGCAUGCCGGACCAUAGCAUUCAUUUGGUUCUGUGGAAGGAGAACGGCUAAAGAGAGAAAUGAGCAUGCGCCACCUUUAGUUGACAACAGGGACGCUAAACAAAAAAGACAAAAAUGGGUGCUCUUGAUUUCAAAAACCUGCAGAUUAGACAUUGCAUGGACCAAAGUCUGUCUUUCUUUAUUUCUUCUUUUCAGUUUCUGCUGUUUGCUUUUAGGUUUAAGAACAAACUGGCUCUUUCUUUUGGUCAAGCAAAAACCAUUCUUGCACAUUCUGACAUGUAUUUUGUGCAGUGUGUGGAUACAAUAUGGGUAGCAGGUGAAACCUUGAAGAAGGUGCUUGCUGGCUUGAACCUCUUUUUGUUCUGAUCGUUUCAUAAACGUGAAAGCAACUGUGAAUCGAGCACUUAACUGAACAGUAACGUCCUGUUGCAGCACAAUCAUCCAGAUUCAUGAAAACAUGAAAUUAUAACAUAAUUUGUCUGUGUAAUGUUUAAAAAAAAAAAAAAAAACCCAAAGUAUUUCGUUGAUAGAUCUAAAUUUGUGUUAAGAAUACAGGAUAAGAAGAUUGCCUUAAUUUCUUGAUUUCCUUUUAAGAAGGAAGAGUUUUGCAGAUGGCCACGCCCAUGCACUCUGCCAUGUCACAUGUGUGGUAUACACUUUCUUGUGUGAUAAACUGCAGACUGUACGGUUUGUUUGUAUGACAGCCAUUAGGUUUUACUAAUAUUGACCCUUCAACUUUCACUUGAAAUUAGUCAUGUGCCUUUUUCCUUUUAACACUUAAAUGCCUGCAGGUAUGUUGUGAAAGAUCUUGAAAUUCAUUAGUACAAUCCUUAUUGGAACAAAUUCCAGUAUGAAAGGUAUAUUUAUUUUUUACAGUUUCAUUAUUUUUAACCCGAUAUAAUCAGCACCACAGUAUGUACUCUUACCGUUCUGCAGAGGCUAAUUCACUUAACAGUGCUUCAUGUGAAUCUCAGUGAAUGUUCAAUUUUUUAAACUUCAUUUUUAAAGACUAAUCAACUUCACUAGAAGGUUAACAUUAUUUUAAACAUAGUCCUUUAGCGCUACAGGACCCAUACAUGUACAGAAGAAUUCUCACUUUUUUAACUUGCAUCGAAGUACAUGGACAAACUUUAACCUAAAACAUUUCUGUCUUUUGCUAGCCGUUCUUUAGUCAGGCUUGAUAGUUGGUUUCAGUAGUGCUAGUCUUCUUAGAACAUCAGGGGAAGCCUUUUGCUUUUAGGGCAUUACCAGUGGAACCUGGGCUAUAACCUCCACAUUGCAUGGUUUAUCACUUCACUUCUUUAAAAUAUAGACCUCACUGUAACAUUCACUCAUGCCACUGUAGACCAUAAUGCCAUCAAUUCACAAUUAGCAAAUUUCCGGUUUGUUGGUUGUAUAUAAUGAUAUGCUGUCUUUUGAAUAAAUGAAAAUAGCUAAGAGAA